AGUUGACAUGUAACAACUUCCGUCAACAUGGCGGAUACUAUCAAGAAGAAUUUGCCUUUCCUAAAGGAACAAGUUACAAUGACUAUAGGGAACAGUAGUGUGGUUGUUAAGGGUGUAACUGUUGCUGUGACACUGGGAUAUUUCCUGUCAUUUGCCUCUUCAGCUAUUCCUUACCUAGCCGUAACACCUGGCUAUGUUAUGCCUCCAAAUUUUCGAUUUUGGACUUUCAUUACUCAUCCAUUUAUCGAAAUGCACGUAUGGGAUGUUCUCAUCGAUGUUUCCGUUUUAGUCCUAUGUGGUAAACUGUUGGAACCAUUAUGGGGUGCAUUAGAUAUGUUAAUAUUCUUUGUCAUAAUUAAUACAGGAGUUGCCAUAGGAACUGCGUUUGUUUAUAUUGCAUUUUAUUUAGUAACAAAAAAUGAAGAAUAUUUAUUUGAAACAUACAUUUAUGGACUUGCCGGCUAUAUUGCAGGAUUUUCAGUGGCAGUUAAGCAAGCUAUGCCUGAUCAUGUAUUAGCAACAUCACCAUUCGGGAAACUCAGAAACACUCAUAUUCCAUUGUUAUUGCUUUUCGUUAGCAUUACAUUGAGGCUUAUUGGUCUAUUAGAAGGGCCGUAUCCAUUUAUGUUUGGAUUUGGAAUUGUAGUUAGUUGGAUAUAUCUAAGGUUUUAUCAAAAGCACAGCAAUGGAAAUCGUGGUGACAUGGCAGAUAAUUUUGGAUUUUCAAGCUUUUUUCCUAGCCAGCUUCAACCUUUAGUCUCAAUUCUGGCAAACACAGUGUUCUUUGCCUUGGUGAAGAUAAAAGUGUGCAAGAAGCCCCAGAGGAAGUAUGAUGUUAGUUCUCCAUCAACUAUCACUAUAACUUUACCUGGUACAGACCCUCUAGAUGCUGAAAGAAGGAGACAAGUUGCUUUGAAAGCCCUGAAUGAGAGACUUGUUAAAGCUGAGGGUCAGUCAAACUGGCCUUCUUUGAUAGAUGAAGAGGAAAAAAGUGAAAGCAAAGAAAAGAAAGAAGUAAAAAAAGAAGAAGUCAAACUUCCUGUUCCUGAUUUUAAAGAAAAUAGUACUGAGGGUUGAUAAUUAAUACAUGUUAUAAAAGAUGUGGCUGAAGUAACCAAAUUACUUACAAGUGUCAGAACUGUGAUUCUUUUGGGCUUAUUAUUGUUGGGUGUGUAUGUUUAUGUAAAGAACAAGUAGAAAGAUGGUUUAACACCAUUUGAAUUGUAAAGAAAAUGAUACUGAAAAUGAAAGCUAGAAUUCUGAAAGCUUUGUAUGCCAUUCAUAUAUGCUAAGUUUACAAAUGUAUAUGCUCUCACAACUGAUGUUUUUCCUGUGUUUUCUCCUGUAAGUUAUCUUCUCUCAAGUCUUUUGAGAUUAAUUAUGCUCAACCAAUUAUCAUUCCAGUGGAUACUAAAUUAUUGUAAAAUUCAUAUAAAAACAAGAUGUAGUAUGUUAAAAAAAGUCUAAGAGUGUAACUAAGAAUUGUUUUGUACUUUGUUUUAUACACUGCUUUACUUUGUGUUGAAUGGUGUUGAUUCUAAUUGGCUUAAUUAGUUUAAAAUUGCUUGUGAGGUGCUGUCAUUAUGGGAAUUUCGCAAUAUUUCUACAUAUUAUCUCAGUAUAAAUAGAUUGUUACAUCCUGAAAUAAUUAACAAAAUUUGUUUUAAAUGUAGCAAAUAAUUUGCAUUUAAGGUAUAUUAAAAGAUAUAUACUCGUGAAUACUUUUAUGCAAAUAUAAUUAUCAAUCUAUAAUUAAAAAAAUUAUGAUAUCACAGAAAAAAUCCUUAUAAAUAAAUCUGUUAAUCAUACUCAUUGACAUUCUGGAAUCAUUUUUGUUCUUAGGCCUUCAUUUUAUUUUUUGGGGCUUGGUCAUGUUGGUUAUUUAACUGGAUGAAAGCUUGAUAAGUUCUGCUUUUGCCACUGUCAGAGCAGAGUAGUAUAGACACAUAGAGGUACUAUAAAACUAUCAAUCUCACAGUGACAUUUUUAUCAGUUAUUUAUGUUCUGCAAUAAUACAUGAUAAUGCUUGUGCUUAAUUCUGAUUUGAUAGUAACAGAUAUUGUAUUUAUCUAAAAUCACAAUCAGUUAUUAGAUUAUUGACAUACAAUUACACACAUAUCUUUAAUUUUUGUCUGGCCUUGACAGGGUCAAAAAGUGAGACAUAGGUAUGCUUUUUUCAGCGGCGGCGACGACGGCGGCUUCAACAAUGUAUUAGUUUGUGAUUAGGUCUAGUUUAUGGUGAACCACUUGUGGUAGGUCAAUGAUAUUUGGUAUGCAUUUGUAUUAGCAUUGGCAAAUCUCAUUUCCAUGGAGAUUAUUUUGCCCUGCCCCCUCAGUCAUGGUCUAAUGACUUUGAAACUUUUGUUUAGUUUACAUGUAUUAGUUUGUGAUUAGGUCAGUUUAUGGGGAGCCACUAGUGGUAGGUCAAUGAUAUUUGGUAUGCAGUUGUAUAAGCAUUGGCAUAUCUCAUUUCCAUGAAGAUUAUUUGGCUCCGCCCCCUCAGUCAUGGUCUGUUGACUUUGAAACUUUUGCUUAGUUUACAUGUAUAAGUUGGUGAUUAGGUCAGUUCAAGGGGAACCAUUUGUAGUAAGUCAAUGAUAUUUGGUAUGCAGUUGUAUAAGCAAUUAGCACAUCUCAUUUCCAUGGAGAAUAUAUGACUCCACCCCCUCAGUCAUGGUCUCUUGACAUUGAAACUUUUGCUUAGUUUACAUGUAUUAGUUUGUGAUUAGAUUAGUUUAAGAUGAACUGCUUAUGUUAAGUCAAUGAUAUUUGGUAUGCAAAUUUAUUGGCAUUUGCAAGUCUCAUUUCCAUGGAGAUUGUAUAGCCCCACCCCCUCAUCAUGGUUCAUUUUAAGAAAUCAUAACCUAUAAAGAAUUAAAUUUUUAAAACAACAAAAGUUUAAAUGAUUAUGGCUAGAAAACAAUACUGGUUGUAUUUCUAUUUUUUUUCUCAAAUUAUGAUGGCAUAACAAUACAUUGUGGCUGAUGAAUCAAUCUAAGUAAAAUAUAAUCAGCUUUUAAAUCAUGACAUGAAUCAGGUGAUAUAAGCAGUUCACCAAUAUUGUAAAGAUCUGUGUAUUAUAAACAUUUAUGUAUUAUACAUAAACUAUUUUUUUACCACAGUAAUUGGAAAAGAGAAAUGUUCAUCAUUUAUUGAACUAAAGCUAUCUUUUCAUCUUAUAUUAAAAAAAAAAAAAAUCAUUUUGUUUUCUUUCUAUCCACCUGUAUAACCAUUACAAAAUGUGUUAAUUUUUAACAACCUGUAGUUUGAAAACAAGCUUGCAUUGGUGACCUACUUUUUAUUUUAUUUUUGAAAAUAGCAUGAUGUAUACUAUAUUUUUGCAAAGUAUAAACAAAUUCAUUUUUUUAAAUACUACCAUACUACAUGUACCAUAAGCUAGAUGAGAUUUCUUAUAAGUAUGUGAGUAAAACUUUGUUUUUCAUUUAAGGAUAAAUUCAAUUUUUUUUAAUAAUUUUAUUAAAAGUAGUCCAUAUUACCCAACUAUAAACAUAUGUACUGACUAUUUAAAGUCAUGAAUAUUUGAUGUAAUUUUCAAAAAGCGCAUGCAGUUGAUAUAUUUAUAUCUAUUUUAUUCAUGAAUGGGGUUUUGAUUUUGUUUGUAAAUUUGAAUGAGGGAUUUUUGUAUUUAAAUGUAUACUUGAUUCUUGUUAGUGAUGUAUUGAGUGUGUUUCUCUGCUUCUUACUUAUUAAAUUAGAUGACUAUUUGACAUUUUGGUUAAAAUUGUAACAAAUGAAGAGAAACAGCAGGAAUAAGAGUUUAUUUGUUUGUUUCAAAUUAAUUUAAAUUUUGAGAGUUCUUUUUUAUAAAUUUUCUCAAAUUAAAAUUUUCUAUCUUUGACAGUAUCAAUUAUUUUUCUAUCAAAAUAAUUAACUUUUUCAUAAUUUUUGUCUUGCUUACAACAAAGUUGUGGAAUUAAGACUUGGGUGUGCUGUUUCUGGCAAUAGCAGUGUCAACAAUUGUUAUUUAAAUUUAGUGGUUAGGUCAGUUUAAGGAGAACUACUAAUGAUAAGUCAAUAAUAAUUGGUAUGCAGUUGUAUUAGUAUUAGAACAUCUCAUGUCCAUGGAAAUUACAGUAGACUCCACCUAAUCGGAUAUCGGCUAAACGAAUAUAUCGGCUAUUGUAAUAUUAUUUCAAAACACCAAACCCUUCCCUAUAUGUUUAAUGUUGAUUAUAUCAUGUAAUCGAAUAUCGGAUAUUAGAAUAUAUCGGCAAAUCGGAUAAGAAUAUUCAGGUAAUUUUGUUCAAAACCGUGCACAAUCGGAUAUUUUCAAUGUUUUUUCUGACAGGAAAUGGACCCGGAAGUUAGGAAUUUACAAUCUUGCAGACAAGAAGAUUUUGUUUUUACUAAAUAAAAGGAACUAUUUCUUAAUAAAUUGUUGUCUUUAAUCAUUGUAUUCCUUUGUCAUGUGGAUUAGAUGCCCUUUUACUUCAAAUGGUUUGAAUUUAUUUAUAAAAUAUGCAAGACUCAGUUGACAAGUUGACGUUGCUGUAGAAUUUUGAUUAAACUCUAAAUGUUCACAGAAUCAGAAAUAUAAUCUAAACUGAAUGUACCUCCUUCUGAAUAAUUUAUUGCAAUAUAAAUAUAAAUCCCUUUUGACAAGAGAAAUCUGACUUUUGUCAGAUAUAUUUUUUUCACAUGUGCAAAAGUAACCACAUGUCAUGGACGCCAUUUUGGAUGUUUACAAAUUUGUGAGGAAGCCUCUAGAACUAUGACCUAAAUAUAAAUAGUCUUCAGAAAACGUAAACUUUAUGCAAUAAUAUUUUAUCAAUCAUGAUUAUUUUCAUAAAUCUAAAUUUGAUUAUUUAAAGAAAUAAAAUUAUAACAAAUACAAUUUUAGUUUGGAGAUUCUACACAGACAUGCUUAGAUCUAUUUAUAGCCAAAUUAGUUUACCUGUGUGAUAAUGUAAAUAAUGGAUAUUAUUACAUUGGUAGCAUUGAAUUACAUUGAUUUCCCAGUCAAAUAAAAACCGAUAAUUUCACAUGUGAAAUAAACGUGGUUAUUUCACUCUCUGACGUCAUACAACAAUAGGCGUUGUCAAGACGUCGAUAACGUCGGAUCAAAACAAAUUGUGAAUGCGUAGAAAAAAGAUAUAGUUCCUUACAUUUUCUACAUUAAUUUCAUUAAAAAAAAGCCAUUUGCCAAUGUAAUAAAAAGAAUAACUAAUCAAAGAAUUCAAAUAUCGAAAAAUAUUCAACUCGUGACCGAAUAACACUGAUAAUUAACUCAUGCACUACGCGCAUUCGUGAAUUAAUGUGUUGUUCGGUCACUCGUUGAAUAUUUUUCUCUUUUUGAAAUCUUUGAUUAGUUAUUCUAUAAUUAAUUUGCUUACAAAACAAAUAAAGACAAACUAUGGAUGGUAGAUAAAAAUUCACAUAAAUAUUUCAGGACAUUUGAUUUAUUUUAAUAAAUAAAGGAUUUAAAAACUGCAAACAAAUUUAAUCAUUACAUAAUCAGCUGAUAAUUUUUUACAAAAACAUCGUGGUGAUGUAACUGAUAAAAAUCACUCCAUCAAUCCUCCAACCCUUUCACAUAUUUAGCAAUUGUCAGGGUUAGUGACAUCUCAGGAUUAUAUCUACUCAUUAUUGCAGAAUAUUCAAUGAAUAUACAUUCAUCGUCUAAUUGAAUAUAUCUGGUAAUCGGAUAUUUUUAGCUGACAUUUUGGGUAUCCGAUUUGCCGGAGUCUACUGUAUUUGUUGCCUCCUCAGUCAUGAUCCAUUGACUUUAAAACUUUAAUUUAUUGCAGGUAUAUUCAGGUACAAAAUAUAUUACUUUUUCGAACAUAUUCAUUUUAAUGCUAUAUACUAUUGAGAAGAGUAUUUGAUCAGAAACAGACAAUAUGUGUUUAGUGUCUUCAAAUAUCUGUUGUAUUCAAACUAAACUAAGAAAUAGGUGAAAUUAAAGCUAAAGCAAACAUUAAUCCUGUUUCAAAUCUAGUGCAAAUACAGCUUAUAUUUAACAACACUAAACACAUAUUGUCUUUAUCAUGAAUUUAAUUUGGGUAAUAUUGUUGCUUUAACAUAUUGGUGAACUCAUUUUUGUUGUAAUAUUUUCAUUUCAAAAUUAUCAAUUUUAUCUUGUUCUAUGGAGACCACAAAUUUUUACAUUUACACAUUUAGAAAUUGACACAUGCAAUCAGCUAAAGAUCAUUACACCAAAAUGACACAUGUAAUCAGCUAAAGAUCGGUACACCAAAGUGACAUAUGCAAUUAGCUAAAGAUCAGUACACCAAAAUGAAUCAAACGUGGACAAAUUAAAAGUAACAAUUAAUUUUAACAAUAACUAACAAUGUAAAAGAUGGUCAAAUAUUUUGUGAGGAAAUUUUUUUUUUCCACUGCUUCAGAACUGUGAAGGAUGAUUUGGUGUGGGCAAGGCUUCGGCAACAAAUGUCUUAUUGUACAGUUAUAGCAGAGCAAUAUCUGGUGGGUUGUAAAUGUAUAAGUCAUCUAAUUACUAGAUAAAUACAGAUUGUUUAAUGUUCUUUUGUUGCAUCUUUGUAUAAAUUGCAAAAAAACAUUUAUGUAAAUUCAUCUGUAUCUAUGUUUCAUACCUCAGAGAAUGUAGUUUUAGAAUGUGUAUUUUUCCAGCUCUUAUAAAGAGGAUUAUAUUUAUUAAGAUGUCUUAUGUAGACAUCAUCUAUCAUGGUUACAUGUUAAGAGUAGAAAUGUGUUUUAUUCAUGUGUUAUUAUUGAAAUAUUUGAAAUAAAUUAAUGCUUCCAUUA